UGUAAACAUAACCCCUUGAUAGAAAGGUGGACACCAACUUUUUCUAAGUUUAUCUCCACUAAAAGUUGUCUGAAUACUCCUUUAAACAUCCACUUUUUGGUGUGACCCAUCGUUGAAGUUUAAGUUCACACCAAGAUUAGUUUUUUUGCAGGCGACUAAUAGAUGAUCAUAUUUUCUGCAGUUCAAGUCGAGUAAAACUUUUUCUCCAUAAAAAAAUGUGUGGCAUAUGCUGUACACUUCCUAUUCAAACUCAAAAUGCACCGUAUAACCCCAAAUUAGCAGAGUCAUUAGCGGAAAUAUUGAGAAAUCGUGGUCCAAACGUUCAGCAUCAAAUAUCACUGUCAAAUGGAGUUACAUUCUAUGGAUUUGUUUUAUGGCAACAAGGAGACCGACCAGCCAAGCAACCUCUUGAAUCAGAUAAAUUCAUUUUACUUUUCAACGGCGAUAUAUUCAAUGCAACAAAAGACAACACAGUUUCGGAUACUACUUGGUUGAUUUCGAAAUUGGACGAAUGCAAUGAUGAAAAGGAUAUACUUAAUUUACUGAGAUUGCUUGAAGGUCCAUACAGUUUGAUAGCUUACGACAAAAAAGCGCAAUGUGUUUACUUUGUGAGAGAUCCUUUGGGGAGGAAUUCACUUCUCUUAGAACGAGACCAACAUAGCAUAAGAAUACUGAGCAGCUCUUAUAUGUCGAAGGAUACAAAGACCAUUGAAAUUCCUCCGGUGGGUGUCUUCAAAUUUAACGUAUCUCUUAAAUCGAAUCAUAUAUUAUAUCCAUGGACUGAACUUGAUGAUGAUCAGAAAAGUUCUCUAACACUCGUUUCAAGUUUUAUAUGCGCUGAUAUCACUAUCGGUGAAGCAAUAGAUGUUCCAUGGUCAAUUUUGAAAAGGAGAAAGCUCGUUUAUGACUUUUCAGAAACACUUGCGCAGCAUAGCAGAAAUGAAAACGUGUUUGAAAGUCUUCUGUCGUCUGAUGAAAUCGCACAAACGGUGCAUCAGCUGAAAAGCCUUAUUCACAAAUCGGUUAAAGACCGGGUAAGAAAUUCACCUAGAUAUUGUGUAAACUGUAUAGAAGAACGCAUCAACGUAACGGAGGCUGACGGUGAAUGCUUACAUGCAAAAUUAGGAAUACUAUUCUCAGGUGGAAUAGAUUGUACUAUUCUUGCAGCAAUUGCUCAUGAAUAUGUUCCGGAAACAGAACCUAUAGAUCUUAUCAAUGUCGCUUUCGAACCUGUGAAUAAGAGUGGCUCCAGUUGUGAGGGUUAUAACGUUCCGGAUAGAUUAUCGGCUCUUGAUUCAUUCAAUGAACUGCAAAGUCUGUUUCCGCAUAGGCAAUGGAAUUUAGUAGAAGUAGACGUAGACCGAAAUCAAAUAGAAUCAGCAAUGAGAGAUCAUAUCUGCCAUCUAAUAUAUCCAUUGGAAACAGUUUUAGAUGAGUCCUUAGGUUGCGCCUUCUGGUUCGCUUCUCGCGGAAUCGGAAAGAUACAGGGUGACCCAUACAGUACUCCAUGUAGAGUCAUUUUAGUUGGCAGUGGAGCCGAUGAACUAUUCGGUGGUUACAUCCGUCAUCGGAAUGCCUUCAACCGUUGCAAAGGUAACUUACCUGAAAAGAUCAAAGCUCUCGAUGAUGAACUUGAUUUGGAUUGGAAGAGGAUACCAACGAGAAAUUUAGGUCGUGACGAUAGGAUAAUCGCUGAUAAUGGCCGAACCUCACGGGCACCUUUUAUCGAAGAGAAUCUAGUGCAAUUCGUACGUCAGUUGCAUCCGUUGGAAAUUUGCUGCUUUGAAUUAGAUCAAGGAAUUGGAGACAAACUACUAUUACGUCUUGUUGGCUAUAGUUUAGGAUUGAGAGGCGCUUCACAAUUUAAGAAGCGAGCGAUACAGUUUGGUUCGCGCAUAGCUGAUAAGAAGCAAAAUGCAAAGGAAAUAUCUGUGUAUCUUUCUCAUCCAACUGAAAGAGAUAUUGAAUAAAACUAAUGUUUUAU